AGUGAGAACGAGAAGUGGGUGUUUGCGACUGGGUAAUGCGAUUUAAGAUCAUCGAACGGAAUUGUCAGUAGUUUUCUUUUCGUUCUUAAGAAUAUUGUUUCGAAUUCUCAGGUUCUCAGUCUCGCGCCACUUUACCGACAAAGUGAAACAAAAGGGUGCAACGGUACACGUGAGCCACCAAAUUCACUUUCGCAGCAAUUGCUGUUAUUGCCGAUCGAUGAAACUGGAAAUUUGAAUCGAAUCGUAUCGUUUCCGAUGAUCUUACAGUAAGUGCUCGUGACAUUUAUUCGAGAUAAAUCGAAAGAGGAAAAGUUUGAAAAUAAUUAGAAAGUGAACAAUUGGAAAAAUAAAUCGCAUCGAAUCGAUUCCUUCAGGAUUGGAAAUGCUUCCUCGAACCGUCGAGUCGUCCGGAUAAUUGGCUCAUCCUGAUGGACGGCGUAACGAUCGAAAAAAGAAACUAGAGGGCGGAGAUUCACGAAGAAAAGGAUGGACUCGAAAAGGGGAAUCGUUGGUCGUAUAAUUCGGCCCAGUAGCGAAACAGUGAUGAACGAGGUUUCGUCGUUUUCGUUCAAGUGUUCGGAAUAAUAUAACGAAACUCGAAAAAAAAAAAAAAAGAAAAGUAUAUGAAACGUGAAGAAGAAAACAUCGUACAAGGGAAACGUAUCACAUACAUGGAUAUCAAUUGGAUCAUCGCAUUGACGAUCGCCUGGCUAACGUGUCCGGUGAAUGGGAAAAUGACUUGUCGCGAGGUACAACUUGCUCGCGAGUGCGAAGCUCUUUGUAAAAGGAAUCGUCACGGUGGGAUUUCGUGUGAAUUGAGAGUAGCUCUCCUCUUACCAGCUGAUCCGAGCUUCGAUAUAGCGUUGCCGAAAGUUCUUCCGGUUCUCGAUUUGGCCGUCUAUGAAGCCAAAUUACGAGGUCUUUUGCCUUCUUGGUUGAAAUUAAAAUUUCUUUCGCAAGACGAUCAUUGCGAUGCAACGUACGCCCAAAUUGGCGCGAUCGAUAGCUUCUCGAAUUGCGUACACUUGUUCCUCGGCCCUGCUUGCGAUUACUGCGUGGCGGCCGUUGGCAGAGUGGUGAAAUUCUUCGGUGCGCCGUUGAUCACUACAGGCGGGUUCACCUUCGAUUUUACGCAAAAGAAAACGGAAUGCAAGGACGAGUACUUUAUGACAACCCGUGUUGGAAAUUUGGCCUUCAGAGAUCUCGCCAAUUUCUUCAUCGCUCUGAUGAAUCGAUACGAAUGGCGGAAGGUGCAUCUGGUCUACGCGACUAACGGGCAGAGUCAGCUCGCCGGCAGACACACUUGUCAGCUAAUGAUGAAGUCCAUGGUAGAGUUUAUCAAGAAGCAGCCAAACUUUACGUUCGGCACGUUCGAUGUCGAAACUACCGUCCCUAAAGAUUAUCCGGAGGCGUUGCAAAAUCACGUGGGCAAUUGGUACGGUGAUGCUUUCUUCGGCCCUGUAUGCGACUACGUGAUAGCACCUGUGGCCCGAUACGCCGGCAUAUGGGGUAUCCCCGUGUUGACCGCAGGUGCUCAGGCCGAAGCGUUCCGUUACAAGAGCGAACAUUAUCCAACGUUGACCAGAAUGAUGGGUUCUCAUCGGCUGGUAGGCGAGGCGCUCAGACAUAUCUUGGAGCGAUUCGGAUGGAAAAUCGCCGGUCUGCUUUAUCACAAUCACGCGAUGGCCAGCAGCCGUGGCAAUUCGGAAUGCCACUUUACUUUGGGCGCUGUUUUCACGGCCCUCGGCCAAACGUCGGUUCACAAAAGUUUCAACCAGGAAACGACCACUGUCGAAGAUUAUCGAGAUUUGCUCAAUUUUCUCGCGAAAUCCGCCAGAAUCGUGGUGAUGUGUGCCAAUUCGACGACCAUCAGAGAGAUACUUUUGGCCGCGGAACAGCUUGGAAUGGUCGAUUCCGGGGAAUACGUGUUCUUUUCCAUAGAACUCUCGUCCAGCGAUAACAACUCGAAGGAGCCGUGGAGGGUGGAGGGGGACACGGCGGAGAGGAACGAGAAAGCGAGGAAAGCUUAUCAAGCGCUGUUGACGGUCACCGCCCGAACCCCGGACAAUAUAGAAUAUUUGAAUUUCUCUCGCGAGGUGAAAUCGCUCGCGCAAACGAAAUACAAUUUCACUUUUGGAAGCGACUCGGUCUCGACUUUCGUCACCGCGUUUUACGACGCGGUCAUACUUUACGCCCUCGCGCUUAAGGAGAGCUUACCGGAACAUCCUGGCAGGGUAAAUCUGGACGGCGGUGAUCUGACACGGAGAAUGUGGGGCAGAAGCUUCAAAGGUAUAACUGGGGAUGUGAACAUCGACGAGAACGGGGAUCGAAUAGCUGAUUACUCCCUUCUCGACAUGAAUCCAGAAACGUCGAAAUUCGAGAUCGUCGCCAAUUACUAUGGUGCCAAUAAGACGCUGCAGUACGUAGCUGGGAAAAGGAUUCAUUGGUCGGGUGGUAGGUCGAAACCACCGCCUGAUACACCCACUUGCGGUUUCGACGGCUCCUUGUGCCCUGAUAAUACUCUUCCGGGAUACGCGAUUCUGUCGAUGGUGUUGAGCUCUAUAGUCGUCUUCCUCUUCGUUGGCUCGGUGUUCAUAUACAGGCACUUUAAGCUCGAGGCGGAGAUAGCUUCUAUGACGUGGAAGGUGCACUGGAACGAUAUUAUCUUCGUGCCGAACGCGAAAACCCGGGGCUCCAUGUUCUCGCUGAUCGCGAACAAGAUGCGCGGUAGCCAACUGACCAUAUACUCGGACGAAAAUAUUAGUAUGCCAGGUGAAAUAGAAAACAGAAACGUCUACAUUCCAACCGGAAUUUACAAGAACUCUACAGUGGCCAUAAAACUUAUACCAAGGAAAAAGGUGGAAAUCUCACGGCCUUUGUUGCUCGAGUUGAAACGGAUGAAGGACCUUCAACACGAUCACCUAGUCCGAUUUUACGGCGCUUGCAUCGAACCACCGUACUGUUGCCUUUUGACCGAGUAUUGCCCGAAAGGAUCUCUCCAGGAUAUAUUGGAGAACGAGCAGAUCAAAUUGGAUCGCGUGUUCCGUGGAUCGUUGAUCCACGAUAUCGUGCGAGGGAUGGUGUAUCUUCACGCGUCCGAGGUGAAGAGCCAUGGAAAUCUGAAAUCGUCCAACUGCGUGGUCGAUUCACGCUUCGUCCUCAAGAUCGCCGACUUUGGAUUGCACGAGUUGAGGAGGCCUGCUUAUUGCGGGGCGGAAGUCGACAAGAACAAUUACGCGUUUUGGAGGGGGCAGCUGUGGACGGCACCGGAAUUAUUGCGAAUGGAAAGGCGGCCACCCGAGGGUACUCAGAAGGGUGAUGUGUACAGUUUCGCUAUAAUCGUUCACGAGAUCGUGAUACGCCAGGGGCCAUUUUACUUGGGCGACGAUUACGACUUUUCCCCGCAAGAAAUAGUGGAAGGAGUGAAAAGAGGCGGUGGUUCUCCGUUGAGGCCCGCGAUCGACGAUGCUGCGGUCGAGGAAGAGGUGGCCACCUUGAUGAGGAAAUGUUGGGCGCAAGACGCAGCAGACAGACCGGAUUUUCCCGCGCUCAAACAGACCAUAAGGAAAAUUAACAAAGACUACGAGAGCAGCAACAUCCUCGACAAUCUGCUCUCUCGUAUGGAACAGUACGCGACGAAUUUGGAAACUUUGGUGGAGGAACGUACGGCGGAUUAUCUGGAGGAGAAACGCAAGUGCGAGGAACUUCUGUAUCAAUUGUUACCAAAGUCCGUUGCAUCUCAGUUGAUAAUUGGACAGAGCGUGAUAGCAGAAACUUACGAUCAAGUAACCAUCUACUUCAGCGAUAUCGUAGGAUUUACGAAACUCUCGGCCGAGAGUACACCGCUUCAAGUGGUGGAUUUAUUGAAUGAUCUGUACACGUGUUUCGACUCUAUCAUAGAAAAUUUCGAUGUUUACAAAGUAGAGACUAUAGGCGACGCUUACAUGGUUGUAUCAGGAUUACCGGUGAGGAAUGGAACGAAUCAUGCGAGGGAAAUCGCGAAGAUGAGUUUAGCGUUAAGAGAUACCGUGAUGACGUUCAGAAUACGUCACAGGCCAAGCGAACAAUUGAAGCUUCGAAUUGGAAUGCAUUCUGGGCCUUGCGUGGCUGGUGUCGUUGGUCUGAAGAUGCCCAGGUACUGUUUAUUCGGGGACACUGUGAACACCGCGUCCAGGAUGGAAAGUAACGGAGAAGCUCUAAAGAUCCACGUCAGUCCAAAGACUAAAGAAAUUCUGGAUACCUUUGGGACGUUCGAGCUGGUUUGCAGAGGGGAGGUUACACUGAAGGGUAAAGGUACGAUGACCACUUACUGGUUGAUCGGUGAGAAAGCAAUGAGUGGCAACGUUCAGGGAACAAUCACCGUUUCGUCGGUGAUGACUACGGUAACGUCCAUGACAACGACGAGUAAUCAAGUAUCGAUCGAGGAACCGCGAGGAUCUCGCGAGGAUCGUGCAGCGAGCGUAGCCACGUGUCAACCGGUGCAGUUGAAAGCGCAAGAGGUUCAGUCGAGCAAACAGAAUUGUCAGGAACAAAAUCAUCGAGGGACGCAGAAGGGGGUUCAAGAGCAGCAGAGGGCACAGUCGAGUCAGGAGCAUCGACAGAUCGUUGGAGGUCAAGGCGGGAGUCCGGAAUCGCAAAAUCACAACAAGGGAGGAGGCAGCAAGGAGAGAAGUGGUGGCGAUGGUGGUCGCGGUGGUGGCAAGGAAGACGGUGGAGGUGGAGGUGGAGGUGGAAGUAGAGAUUGGAACGACAAGGAGGAGAGACAAGGUGGAGAGACAUUUACCAAGGGAACGAGUCGAGUUCGUACGAUAAGCAACGGCUCGUCCGCGGCUUCACCGUCUCGUAAUCGUUCUGUCGUUUCGGCGUCGUCGACCAACGUUUCACAGGGGCGACGGCCCUAUCAGGCUAGCGAAAGCGUGGCGAAUCACACGGAAAGCGGUUCGAGCGCACCCCUCCUUGUACCCACCACACCCCCUUCGAGAGUUUAGUUCCUUUCCUUCGUUCUUUUAUUCUCGCUCCAUAUACACACACACGCGCACAGACACACACACACAGUUACACACCUUGCGAUCUUCCGCCGGAUAAAUCACCCUCGAUAUACGUGUAUCGUCAUGUAGAAUAGCAGCUGAUUAACCUUCGGAUCGGUUACUACCUAUCCGAUCGAAAUUUGGGUCCACAAGUUCGGAAGAAUUUCUUUCGAAGUAAAAAAAAAAAAAAAAUAAUGAGCGUUACACAGGGAACACGAUCGUUAUUUAUUGUAUCGAAGGAAGGAGGGACCAACGUGCACCUCAAUGGGAAAGGUAGAAUUCUACCCUCGCGAUAGAUAAGUUCCUAGGGUCGAAGGUUUGUCUCUCUCUCCCUUCCUCUCAGCCAUCCUUUCAAUCUUCUCUCUCUCUCUCUCUCUCUCUCUCUGUCUCACUCUGUAGGUAUUCGUCUCGUAUCUCGACGGAUAACGUCAAUACUUUCCAAGGAUCGAUGCUUUUUAUUAAAAAAAAUUCAUCGAAAUCCGAGAAGAGAGACGUGUAAAGUAAAAUUUAACGCGUGCAGGAAUCGAUUGAAAAGCGUGGAAGCGUGCAAUACGAGAAGAUUAAUUUUAAUAAAGCUAUUAAAGAGCUUGGAAAGUCGGGAAAGAUCGAUCGAAUAUUUUGUCUUCCUCCUCGUUCUAUUUGCAGCAUGUGUUGUUGAGCGCUAUUCAUUUUCGCGAUUCGAUCGUAAACGUGUUCUAACGAUAAACGAAAGUUAUCUGGAACAAAUAAAUCAAAGAUGAGCGAUUGAACAGAAAUGUAAGAAAAAAGAAAAAAAAAUAGUAAAUUUUUGCGCGUUCCCAUAUUGAGUGAAAGAUAUGUACAUACAUAUAUAUAUAUAUAUCUAUACAAGUAAAAGAGGCUAGCUAAUUAUCUUCUAUAAUAUUACUAUAGCACUAUUCAUAUACCGAAGGAAUGUAUUUUAAACAAAAUCCGUGAUUUUAAAAAUUCCGAAGAAAACAACUUUGGAAUUCAACAUUAAGACACAUUCGUCCAUUGAUAAGCAUUUAAAUUUCGUUUGUAAUAUUUUUUUAUCGCGUCGAAGAUAAUCAGGCAACCUGUUUUAACUUGUGACACCCCGUACGUUUAGAUUCUCACGCAUGAGUUACACGUACACAUAAGCGUGCGCACAUAUACACACCACACAUACACACCACAAACACACACACGUACAUACAUAUUCACGCAAAAUUAAAGUUUUACACUAUAUAUCUGUCGGUGUACAAAGGAAAAGAGAGGCUGGACCUCGUUCGAAAGUCACAAUUGCGAAACACAAUGGAAAUUCAAUCGAAGAAUCUUCGAAAUCUGCUUAUUCGUUAUGCGGAAAAGCUAAUCGCGUAACGUAGUCGUGCACACGCGCCCGUUUCUUGUUUAUAUGCGUGUUCACGCUGUGAAAGGAAUGAAAGUAUACAAAAUACAUUAGCGCAACGUCAAGCAA